GGAGCAAAAGGUAAAAAGAUAUUUUUAUUAUAUUUUGUUUCAUUUAAUGUUUUCACCUCAUUACUUAUUUAAAAAUGUAUAGAGUGUUAUUAAUGCUGAUUAAAAUAGAGCAAAAUAAAAUUACAGUAAUGCACUCUAUUAAUACCUGAGUCAAUUAUUGCGCAUAAAAACUUAUUUGUCAUAUUAAUUUUACAGCAUGUAAUAUAUAGUCAAGUUUUUAUUUAAACUAUAAAAAUAUCAUAAGAAUAUGAUUAAAUCUACAGAAAAAAUUGUACUAGUCGAAAAUAAGCUAAAGAACUACGUUACUUUAAAAACACUGAAAUAAAGAACUCUCUAUUUUUUUCUGUUCUUAUAAAAUGUGAAAUAUCUUUUCUAUCGGUUAUAGGUUUGUCGGGCCCUGCUGGUCCUACUGCACAAUCGCUUGCUCGAGGAGCCAGGGGUGAUGAAGGAGAACAAGGACCUCAAGGCAAACACGGACGUUCAGGUCCAGUAGGAGAACCAGGAGAACCUGCACCGUACGCAGAACCGUUUGUCGGUGCGAAAGGAAUAAAAGGCCAACGGGGUGACGAUGGCUUUCCAGGAACUCCGGGCUUUAAUGGACCUGCUGGCCUACCUGGACCAUCGGGAGGUGCCGCAUCACGCGGUCUAAGGGGUGAAGAUGGACGUUUUGGUUUGCCUGGUAUUCCUGGUGAACCAGGUGUAAAAGGCUAUCCUGGUUUGGAUGGUCCUCCAGGACAAGAUGGAAGACCAGGACUUCGAGGUCCGAACGGAUUGGUCGGUAUUCCAGGUCUACCGGGAGCAAAGGGUGAAAGAGGAGAUAUGGCCGUGGCAACAAGAACUGGACCGCCUGGACCACCUGGUCCAAGAGGAGCCGUUGGCGAUUCAGGUUAUCCAGGUUUACCGGGACAGAGAGGAGUGCCGGGACUUCCUGGACAAAGUGGAGAUAGAGGUUCAAAUGGACUCCCUGGACCAGCCGGAGGUAGAGGACAAAAAGGAGAAACUGGUGGAACACAUCCUGGUUCAUGGGGAGCGAUUGGAUUACCUGGAGUACCCGGUCGUCGUGGAGCGCCUGGAAAUAGCGGUGCACCAGGAUUGCCUGGUCCAAAUGGUUUUCGUGGUCUUGUCGGUGAUGUGGGUCGUCCAGGAACUGCUGGAGCUCCCGGUCUACCCGGAAGAAAUGGAGAACGUGGAGAUAAUGGACUGAAUGGCUGGCCUGGACGACAAGGAAUUAAAGGUAUAGUGUACACGAAUAAUAACUCUACUUCUAAAGAAAUGUUAUUUUCAACAGAU